AUUCGGUCGACCUAGCUCUGACUACCAAGCCUUUUAAUCCGUGGCGUGCUUUAAUAUACACAUAUAUACAAUAUACAAUAAUGUCCCAGUUUUUAAGAAAAUAUUAUAACUAUAUAUAUACAUGUUUCUUAAAGUAUUUGAUCUAGUUCUAUCAGAGUGAAAGUCGUUAGUUGUCUAUGUUACUUCCGCAUCCUUUCGCGGGGCAUUACGAAAAACAUCUACGUUGUACUAGUAAAUGUUGGGCAGCGGUUUUUGAUUAGAAGUGUCAAGCAUUGUGAAGUAAAUGAUCGCUCCUUUACUCUUUGUUUUGUCGGUGUUAAACUAUUUCAAGUCGAAACGAUCAUGUGAUAUGUUAUUUACUGCCGGUGCGUGGUAUUUUUAGGCAGCCUUGUUUAAGUAGAAUGUCACUGCUCAGUGUUGUGGAUGAGGCUAUCAGGUUAUGCAACGCUGAAGAAGCUAGGAUAAAUGAAAACAUCAACCAAAGCAGAGAGAUACUGGCAUCCAUGAGACCAGUAAAGAAGCCACCCAAAGAAAUAGAAUCCGCUAAUCUUCCUGACAAGGACUCGGAUCUCCCUCCCGAGGAGAGGGAGGAGAUGGAGUUGCUGCAGAGGGUGCUAGAAAAGGCCCUUAGAGUACGCAGCAGCGCACCCACCAAACAAACUCACAUCUGCACUGAGCCUCGUAAAGAUGUUGGAGAUGCGCUGAAAAAGACGACUAAGGGUGGUGUACAAGGCUCAGGAAGCACCAAAGACAAAUCAGCAGGAACCAAACCUGCUGAAAGAAAAGUACCAGUACCAAGUUCCUCAAGAGGAGGGCGGAGGAGGCCGUCACAUCAGCUGGACCAUGGAAGAGCCAGCCUGGUUAGAGGUUCUGUCCAGAAACGAUCAGUAGAACCAGGCAAGAGAUUGCCUAACCCGUCUAAGAAAGAAAAGCCAACUAUCCCAGGUCCAGCUACGGUUGAAACGGUUCACUUUCCCUUUGAGUAUACUGUGUGUGUUGGAGACUCAGGCAAAGACACAGCUACCUCUCUACCUAUUCAUGAAGACCCAGUGUCUGCUUGCCACAUUGUGGGGUCUACAUCAGUACACCUUCCACAGCCACAGAUUGGAAUAUCCUCCCAGAUGCUUUCUAAAUGGAGGACUCUCAAGAACAAACAGAACCGGUUAUCAGACAAAGUAAUGGAAACACAUUUCAAGCCAGUGCCAGAGAAGACUCGCUUUGCGGAGCAAAUGAGAGCCACGUUCCCCAGCGAGUGGCCUAGUGGCAGCCCAGCAGACAUCCGGGCCCAGAUGGAGACACUGACUGGACUGGGGAAGAACCUGACCCACUGCUACCAAACUCAGCUUCUGCUGGCUAACCAGACCUCCAGAAGUGGCAGGCAGCCAGCAUGGAAGAACUACGAGUCCUGGCUAAUGCUGGGCGGCCUAGAAAAGAUGGUGACAGACCUUCAGCAGCGAGCAGACAAGCUGAGACAAGAGUGGGGGGCAUGGGAUCGAUGGAGGCCUGCCGGAGGGUCCUUGUGCCCCAUCUGGAGGAGGGGCUGGGGGGAGGUGGGGGAGGGGGUGGCGAACACUCCCCUGCCCCCCAUCGUGACCUACAGCAGCCCGGCGGAGCUCCGAGAGCUGGAGGGGCUGAGGCUGGGCCUGCAGCUCCUGGAGCAGGAGAUACACCUGCAGGAGGCUCUGUGUGGCAGCCUGUGCCCGUGCCUGCUCUCCAUGCUCUCUGGGCCAGCACAGCUCCCCUCAGCGCUGCUCCGGGACAUCUACGCCCUGCUGGGGGAAGGGGGGGAGCAGUUUCCUGCCCUGGUCCUCGACACAGAGCCUGGCUAAAGCUGGAUUUAUAUUCCACGCACCAAAUAAACACGAAUACGCAGAAAGGCUGUUUUGCAGAAGGGGGACGUGAACACCUGAACACGUCUUACUGUCCCUUGUGGUUGUGUUGCACACUGCAUGCAGACUAUCAACUGGUCAAAGCAUAAAUGAUAGAUCUUAGUCCUGGACACUGAGAGGAUGCCAUGGGAACUGUGAUCCAUGUAAGUGUGUGGGAUGUGAAAUGUAUUUAUUCUGAGUGCCAGUGUGUUUUCUGAUGGAUAUAUGAUAUAAAUCUGCCAUUUU